AUGCAUCGUCUUUUUACUGAGCUGGAGCCAUCUAUUACUGUCACCGAGCAAAACCUGGCAGACCGAGUUCGGUAUAUCUUACGCUCAAAUAUAUUUGAUGGCGCCGAACUCGAACGGCUACGACGUGAGGCUGUUCCCUCAUCAAAUGAAAACGCUACGACUGAGGGUGCGGUGCCACAAGUUGCAGAACAACCCGCACACGUGGAUGCCGCCGAGAAUACCCCAGUGGUUGCUGAUUCAAAUGAUGAUGGAACAUUCACCCAGGAACUAGAAAUAGAGCAAAAGAGGAGUACAUUGGAAGAGGCGAUUAUGGAAACGCGCAGUACACCUCUCGAAAAUCGACCGCGACUUCCCCCGCAUAGCCCUAAGCAAGCGGAAUCGGGCUGUCGUGAGGGCUCUGAACCCAAUGCUGGUGACCUAUUUGGAAGCCAGCCGGGACCUUUGCGAGACGGACUCAAUUCUCUUUGGCGCCGCACUGGCAGUCUGCCGUAUUAUAGGCGCCAAACUUUCCACGGCUGGACGCGCUACUGGACAAAGUAG